CGGUCUGGUGUUGCUCAGCGAGGGCCUGGUGACUACUUUACUUGCGUAAAUUAAGAUGGCGGCCGUGCUCACAGAAUCGAAAGAAGCAUGUUUAGCAGAGGAAAAACAAGACGAGGAGAUUGACGAAAAUGAUGAGGUCGUAGAGAAUACUGCCACCAAGAAAAAGAAGAAGAAAAAGAAGAAGAAGAAAGGUGGGGAUGGGGAAGAGAAUGCAGAUCCAAAUAAUCUACUCGUCAUGAAUGGAGAGGGAAAGGAUGCCGAGAAAGCAGAAGGAGACGAGCAAGAAAAGGAAGCAGACGAUGAGGGAGAGGAAGUGGAGGGAUCAACAGCAACUAAGAAAAAGAAGAAGAAAAAGAAAAAGAAGGCUGGUAAUGGAGAAGGUGGUGAUGGACAAGCUCAGAAUGGUGCCCCCAAAAUCCAGACAGAUCCACCAACAAUACCAAUAUCUGAGUUAUUUCCAAACAAGAAUUUUCCAGAGGGAGAGAUUUGCCAUUAUAAGGAUGACAACUUAUGGCGAGAGACCAAUGAAGAGAAGAGAGCUCUUGACCGAAUGCACGCAGACUUGUAUGCUGAGAUCAGAGAAGCUGCUGAAGUGCACAGACAAGUGCGAAAAUAUGUGCAAGGAUAUAUUAAACCUGGCAUGACUAUGAUAGAGAUAUGUGAAAGACUGGAGGAAGCUGGAAGAAAGCUCAUCAAAGCUGAUAAAUUAAAUGCAGGACUUGCUUUUCCCACGGGCUGUUCACUAAAUCACUGUGCAGCUCACUACACUCCUAAUGCUGGAGAUAAAACUGUACUUAGUUAUGAUGAUGUCUGCAAGAUUGACUUUGGGACACACAUCAAUGGUCGAAUUGUGGACUGUGCCUUUACUGUGGCAUUUAACCCCAAGUAUGACAACUUACUGGCAGCAGUUAAAGAUGCAACUAACACUGGAAUAAGGGAAUCAGGUAUUGAUGCCAGACUGUGUGAUGUUGGAGAGGCUAUCCAAGAGACUAUGGAGUCUUAUGAAGUGGAAUUAGAUGGAAAGACUUACAAAGUCAAGCCCAUCAGAAACCUAAAUGGACAUUCAAUCGGCACAUACCGUAUCCAUGCUGGCAAGACUGUGCCAAUUGUGAAAGGCGGGGAAGCUACAAAAAUGGAGGAAGGGGAAUUUUUUGCCAUUGAGACAUUUGGAAGCACUGGGAAAGGCGUGGUACAUGACGACAUGGAAUGUUCCCAUUAUAUGAAGAAUUAUGAGGCCGGCCACAUCCCUCUUCGGGUACCGCGAGCCAAACAGUUGUUGAAUGUAAUCAAUGAAAAUUUCGGUACUCUCGCCUUCUGUAGGCGCUGGUUGGAUCGCUUGGGUCAGACUAAAUAUCUACUGGCUCUAAAGAACCUGUGUGACUCUGGCAUAGUUGAUGCAUACCCACCACUGUGCGAUAUCAAGGGGUGCUAUACUGCACAGUAUGAGCACACUAUACUGCUACGGCCAACAGUAAAGGAGGUCAUCAGCCGAGGGGAAGACUACUAGAUGACCAGCCUGUAGAAUAUGUGUAGUAGUUAUGUGCCUAGUUUUCCCUUUACUAUGCCCAACAGAGAUGGGAUAGGGUUAGCAUUCACCCCCACAGUAAGGGUCUAUCUCACCUUCCCUGGAUGCAUUACUGUUAUGUACAUCAAUAAAGAUUCUUUAUUACUCUGUCCAGAGACUUUCUCCUACUAGGCUGUAAAUGUACAUUGAUAAAUAUAGGCCACCUUAGCCUUAUGUCACGAAUGGCUCACAAAGCAAAUGCAAAAAGUGACAUUUGUAUGACCUCUUCAAAUAGAGUGAUGAGAGUUCUGCAAAUCCAGUCUGAAAGUGUUUUACCCGAUGUAACUUAAAUUCUUGUUUUAUAGAAUGCCAUUUUCUAUGGUUUUACUACCAUGGAGUGGUAUAUAAUGACAACAUGCUUUCAAAUAAUUAAAGUGUAAAAUGCACUAAAUCAUUGAAUCUUUUAUGGCAAUUUUGUUUCUAAACCUAUCCAUCCCUAUUCUCUACCAAUGUUUGUAAAGCUCUGCACAAACAGUGCCUUCAAGCACCCAACAUUGCUAGUUUAGCCUUGCUCAGUUGUGGUAUACUGAAAUCACCAAUAAUAUUUGUUGCAAGUCAAUAUAUGCAUUUACCCUUUCCAAUAAAAUCUGUAUAGAACCACAAAAAAUACUUGUUUUUUAGUUAUAUAUGGCAUGAAAAAAGUACAGUGCUUAGAGUGGUUUUCAAAAACCUGUGAAAUACUAUUUAGUUUAUUUAGUACUAAUACACUGCAGUAAUGUCUUUGUUAUCUUUUGUUCUGGCUUGACUAUUACACUUCAACAAUUAAAUUUUGAUGCAUGGGAUUUUGAAAAACACAGAUACAUAUUAUACAAAAAACACAUUCAACAAAAACCCAAAGCCCAGAAACAAUUAAAACUUUAUUUAAUUGCC